AUGAAAAACAGCUACGAUUCACUUGAAAAAUCCAUUGAGCAUCAGUUAGAAAAACAAAUUGGAGAUGAAACAAAGCAAUGGAAAUUGUUCAAAAAUGGGAAUGGAAACUUCCUUGAAGCGCUCGAAUUAAUUACUCGCCACAACAAAACAUUACAAGAUUAUACGCAUCUUAUUGCUAAGCACCAAGAAGAAGAAAAACGCAUGCAAGCUCAUUAUUUAUCCUGGAAAUCACAAAAUGAAUUUAUCAAGGAAUGCGGCAAAUUAGUGGUUCGAGAAGUUAUUCGAGAAAUCAAAAAAUCAAUAUAUUUCACCAUCAUCACGGACAGCACUCCCGAUUCGUCCCACAGCGAGCAAAUAACUUUUGUUUUUCGUUUUUUGCAUUUCAAUGAUAAUCAGCUGUGGAAGGUCAAAGAAAGAUUCCUUAAGCUAGAAGAACUUGAAAAGAAGAAGGGAUCUGAUAUAACAAAGUUGAUAUUGAAUGUGUUGGAAGAGAAUGAGCUCGACAUAAAAAAUUGUCGUGGUCAAGGCUACGACAACGGCGCUAAUAUGGCAGGUAUUUACAAUGGAGUUCAAGCUUUGAUAAGACAGAAUAAUCCACAAGCAAUUUUCAUUCCUUGCUCUGCUUGCAGUUUGAACUUAUGUGCAGUACACGCUAUUGAAUCAUCGGCUCCUGCGAAAUCCUAUUUUGGAAAUGUUCAAAAGCUAUACAAUCUGUUCAGCAGCAGCCCAGUUCGUUGGAAAAUUCUUCAGGAGGAGACAGGCCAAUCAUUACAUAAACUUUCUGUUACACGAUGGAGUUCAAGGAUUGAAUCAGUUAAGCCAUUAGCAAAAAAGCCAAGAGAGAUCUUGAAAUCAUUACAUCGUCUAAAAGAGUUAGACCUUCCAGGCGAAAUUAACAACGUGAGUCUUCUGCUUCAAUCCACUCAACUCACUCUCGAUGAUGAAGUAAAGAUUCUAAAUGGCCUUUUGAUGGAUCUGGAUCGAAUCCGUCUGUCUUGGGACCUGAUUUUGAUAGAGGCAACAGAAGUUGCAAAGAACUUGAAAUUUGAUAAAAUAAUGUUUACUGUGAAGAGAACGCAAAAAAAGAUCAUCCCAGAUGAAACUGCUGCUUACAACCACGAAGAAGCAUCAAAAAACUUUGAGUGUAAUGUCUUUAAUGUUGCACUCUACAAUCUGACUAGUCAAAUGAGAUCAAGGUUUAAAGUAAUAGAAGAGGAAUGUAGCAAGUUUUCCUUCCUUUGGUCUUUACAGAAAUCUCAAACAGACCAAGAACUAGGUUUAAAAGCUGAGAAUCUGGCAAAACUUUACCCAGAAGAUUUAUGUAAAAACGAAUUUUCUGAUGAAGUUCGGCAUUUUUUUUCCGUAAGAAGAAAUAUUCUAGCCAGCGAAAAGCCUGUCGAACUUCUAAAUGAAGUUUAUGUAAAGGGGCUGCAUUCAAUAUUUCCGCAAGUGUGUGUUUCCCUUAGAAUCUUUCUAACAUUUCCACAAUGGGCCAGGAGCAGUUGUGCUACUUGA